AUGACUACUAUUGCCAGUAAUGACAAUUUUGAUCAUCAACAAGGCCAUCGAAAGCAGAACGGACAAGAAUCUGUUGUAUUAUUCAUGGUAAACAGUCACCGUAGUACUGUGAUACUCUUCAUGGUGAAUAGUGAUCGCGCCCUGUUGAUGGUGACCAGUCACAAGAAAGAAGGGAAGUUCUGGAAGCGCCUCCUCUCCUCCUCCGACGUCCCCCAGCGCCUCACCCCCGAUGCUGUCACCUCCCUUCUUAAUCUCACCGCCGGUCACCCGAUCCACCCAAAGCUUCUCCUUGACUUUUUCUACUGGUCUUCUCUCAACCUCCAGAGUUCUCCUCAGAGCUUGGCCUCUUUCUCUUCGCUUGCUGUUGUUCUAUCCAAUUCGAAUCUUUUAGGACCGUUGAAUGGAUUGUUGGAGAACAUGAUCAAGACCCAUCAAAACCCUUCUCUUAUUUUCGCUUCUAUUGCUGAUUCUUUUGCGAAAUCCCCCAGUUCGAAUUCUGUUGUGUUUGACGUGUUGAUUGAUACUUUUAAGAAGAUGGGUCUGCUUAAAGAGGCUUCGGAAGUUGUCUUUUUGAUGAAAGGUGGAAGCUUGACGCCUGGCCUGCGCUGCUUGAAUUCACUGCUGAAGGAUUUGCUGAGAUCGAAUAACAUGGGUUUGUUCUUCCAAGUGUUUGAUUUUAUGCGCGAGUCGAAUUUGGGUCUUGACGCUUAUACUUUUUCUAGUUUGAUUGCUGCUUAUUUUAGGGUGGGAGAUGUUGAUGCUGCGAGGAGGGUGCUUGAGGAAAUGGGGGAAAAGGGCGUGAGCCCGAAUUCGGUGAUCUAUAACACCUUGAUUACUGGAUUUUGUCGGGUUGGAGCUCUUGGUGAUGCUUUUGAGUUGAAGAAGGAGAUGGUGGACAAGGGUUUGGUAGCCGAUAGUUUUACGUAUGGCGCAUUGAUUAAUGGAAUGUGUAGAGAUCACAAGUCUAGCCAAGCAAGUAUGCUGCUUGAUGAAAUGUCUAGACUGGGUUUAAAUCCUGGUAUUGUUGUGUAUUCUUCUUUGAUUGAUGGGUUUAUGAGAGAAGGAAAAAUUGAUGAGGGUUUUAGAGUAAGGGAUGAGAUGGUAGCAUCUGGGAUUCAGCCAAAUAUCAUCACUUACAAUAAUCUUAUUAAUGGAGUUUGCAAGAUGGGAAGGAUUGACAAGGCACAUGAGCUCUUGAAGGAGAUGGUCGACAUUGGUUGGGAGCCCGAUGUAAAGACGUAUAAUCUAAUCAUUGAAGGCCAUUUCCGGGUGAAGGAUCCUCAAGGAGCUUUAGCUUUGUGGAAACAGAUGAAGAGUCAGAAUGUACCUCCUAAUCUGUUCACUUUCGGCAUGGUAAUCAAUAGACUCUGCAGAGAAGGUAUGGUUAAGGAGGCUUGUGAAAUGUUGGACACAAUGAACACAUUGAAGGUAGUUCCCGAUGAGUUCUGUUAUAGUUCUCUUAUAAGCAGCCUUUGUAAGGCUGAGAAGAUGGAAGAAGCAAGGUGUUACUUCUACCAAAUGAAUGAAAGAGGGCUUUUGCCAAACUCAUUCACUUACGGAACUCUCAUUAGUGGAUUUAGUAAGGUCGGAGAGAUGAGCGAGGCGGAUAAAUAUUUCCAAGAGAUGCUUUCUAGAGGUUUGAAGCCAAACGAUUUCAUUUAUACGGCACUCAUUGAUGGAUACUGCAAGGUAAACAACUUCGCCAAGGCUUUCUCGACACUUCACUUUGUGUUGGAGAAGGGUAUUUUGCCAGAUAUUCAGACGUACAGUGUGCUAAUCCAUAAUCUUUCAAAGAGGGGUAAGAUGCAAGAGGCUUUACAGGUCUUUUUUGAGCUGGAGGAGAAAGGCUUGGUCCCUGAUGUAUUUACAUAUAGCUCCCUUAUCUCUGGCUUCAUAAAGCUUGGUGAAGUAGAAAAGGCUCUAAGUCUUCACGAUCAGAUGUCCGUCAAAGGCGUUGAGCCUAAUAUAGUCACGUAUAAUUCUAUUAUUGAUGGCCAUUGCAAGUCAGGUGAUGUUGAGGAUGCUAGAAAGCUUUUCAAGUUCAUCACUGAGAAAGGAUUGGUUCCAAACGCUGUGACCUAUACUGUAAUGAUUGAUGGGAACUGCAAAUCAGGAAAUCUGGUAGAGGCUUUUGCUUUAUUUGACGAAAUGGUGGCUAAGGGAAUCCCCACAGAUAAGUUCGUGUACAAUACUCUCAUAGGCGGUUGCUGCAAAGCUGGAAACAUGGAGAGAGCUUUCGAGUUGUUUGAUGAGAUGUUGGCAAAAGGCUUUGCUACUGUUCUUACUUUCAACACUUUGAUUGAUGGCUUCUGCAAGCUGAGGAAGCUAGAACAAGCUAGCCAAUUGCUUCAAGUGAUGCUGGAGAAAGAAAUCAUGCCUACUAAUGUGACUUUUACAACCUUGAUUGACGGCUACAGCAAGGAAGGAAAUAUGGAUGAGGCGUGCCGGUUACUCGUAGAGAUGCAGGAGAGGAGACUGAUGCCUAAUGCCAUCACUUACACUUCUCUUAUAGAUGGGCAUUGUAGGGUAGGCGACAGAACGAAGGCGUUUGCUUUAUUUGAAGAGAUGAUAGCCAGAGGAAUAUUGCCCGAUCAAAUAACUUACCAUGUGAUGACUGAUGCAUACUGUAAAGAAGGUAACUUGGUUGAGGCCUUCAAGUUAAGGGAUGCCAUCCUAGAGAGAGGUAUGUCAAUGAAUUGUACCACAUAUCUUGCACUUUUAAAUGGCCUUGUCAGUAAGAAAGACUUUUGCAAAGCAUUGGGAGUGAUUAGUGAAAUGAAAGAGCAAGGACUCGAGCCUUCUGAUUCUCAAUGUCUUAUGCUGAUAAAGGAUCUCAUAUCAAAAGGGUUUCUGGAUGAAGCUAAACAUCUUAUGAAGGUGAUGGUGGAUAGUAGCUGGUUGUCUGAGGAAAAAUGCGCCAGUUUAAUGUAAUCUAGAUGAAGCGUGUUUCAUUGGUCCCCGGAAAUUAUCAGAAAAAAGCACAUGGCUGUAGCCUCAAAGGCAAAUGUUGAGAGCUUUGUGAUCCGAAAACUUGCUUUUACUUGAAUGAUGGUUGCAUGUAACUCCUUGCAUCUUCGAUAAUUUGGCGACGAAAAUUGCGCUC